ACCAAGAUGCGCAGCCAUGUCUGUCUCUGGUGUCGAGUCCAUUGUAGGUUUGGUAUUGCAAGAUAAUUCUGCCUCACCUCUGUCUCUGCGCGGAUGCUACUCCGUACAUACACCUCCCUUCCUCGCAUUCCCCUCUAAUCUGCUUGAGCACGCAACCCUUCUCACCGAGUCUUGAUACGUAUACCUUGCCGAAUCUCCAGUCCAUGGCGCCAUGGCUGCAUCUAGCAGCGCUGCCAUCCUCCCUCCUCGUCUUCAUAGCCAGUUCCGCGCUACCCGCGUGCUCUCAGGACCUGGACUGGCCAUACAGUCUCCCGCCCGAUGUGAAAUACUACCCGGAGGAUGAAUUUCUGGUCAAGCGAGACAUGGACAUCCAAAAGAAGCUACAAAGGCAUGCGGUGACUGGAAUAAGGAAGAUGAGCCAUGAUCCAGGAGAAAAAUUCUACCUCGCCUACUGGGGCAUGGCGGAAGAAGGGCAAGCGACGACAUGCUCCUCAACAUGGUCGAACGCCAGUUUAUGGACAUCAUUCGAGCAACCGAUCCGAGUCCAUUCACAUCCCCAAACCCAGACUUCCGUGGCUGGAUCCUGGCGACUACCUGGCUGGCACUUGUUAUUCAAACGCGGCUUUCAAUGUCCUUCCGGAACAUCAUCAUGUACAUCCAUUGACCGGCCCAACAGCUGCUGCGCAACGGGUUCGACGUGUCAGAUAGUCCAAGAUACCGGCCUCGGCGACGUUGGCUGCUGCCCCAACGGACAGACCUGCGCGGACUCGCUCUCGACAUGCGAAUCGGGGUAUACUUCUUGCCCGAACAAUCCCGGUGGAGGAUGUUGUAUACCGGGCUACGCAUGCUACGAUGUCGGAUGUGUGCAGACUUCGUACGCUACAGUUUCCACUCAGCCGGCGCCAACCCCGUCAACGACCACCGUCACAUCCUACACAACCAUCACGCCUCCUGUAACGAGUCCAACGACAACGUCGACGUCACGAUCGAGCAGUUCCUCCUCCUCUCCCACCACCACUCUCGCCCCGGACAUCUCAACCGUCACAAAAACCGUCACUGUAACAUCAACACUGAACACCUUGACGUGCAGCUCAGGCUACCGCUCCUGCCCCGCCAGUCUAGGCGGCGGAUGUUGCCCAACAGAUCGAUCCUGCGGAUCGGCGAGCUGUCCUGCCUCUACUACGACGACCUCUGCAACAGCCGCUCCGCCCGUUCGUCCCACGACACUGACCACGACUGAGGAAACAACCACCACCACACUCUCUCCCAGUGGGCGAUCGGCGACGACGUCUUCUCCAACUCGCACAAGCACAAGCACAAGCGCGAGCAGCAGUGUGAGUGUGACAGGCUGCCCGACAGGCUUCUACGCCUGCUCAGCUUACUAUCUCGGCGGCUGCUGCCAGAUCGGCCGGAACUGCGACACCACGAGUUGUCCCGCCAGUGUCUCGACAACGCUGGUCAGCGGGAGUACCUUGACCAUCGUGGCGCCGAGCGGAAGCGGGAUCACGGCGCCCGCAAGCGUCCUUACGGGUGCUUGUGCGAAGGGCUGGGCGACGUGCGCCGCCGAUCUAGGCGGUGGGUGCUGUCCCAGUGGAUAUCAAUGCGGCGAGGUGAGUUGUGCGGCUGUCGCGACGGGUGGGAGUAGUGUUGGGAAGAUGCCGCCGAACGCUGCUCCAGCUUUGGCUGCGGAUUUGUGGACGAUGAUAGCAGGCCUGGGGAUGAGUCUGGCAGGUAUGGUGGUUAUGACGCUGUGAAUAAGGUGCUGAGCGUAUCUCGGUUCCGUAUAUACAAAUAUUUAAUGACUGGAUGACGAGCGUAUUUGCACACCUGCUGCGCCCGUCGACUUCAAGCUGUCGAGGACGGCCAUUGCGGAAGAGGAUACAAAUUCAGUGGUGACACCAGAGGAUUGUCAACUUUGAAUGCUUCCAGGCUGAAGAAUCCUGACUGUCUGAUGUCUGAUACCUUUGACUAUGACUGCGACAAUGAACACUACCUUGCCGGCGCAAUGCUUGCGAACCCAGGUUGACCACAGUACUUCUC